UACAUGGAUCUUAAAAAUGGAUCUGUAGUGACUGAGUUUAUUUUACUGGGAUUUUCUGGACAAUGGGAACUUCGGAUUUUCUUCUUUGUAGCAUUCUCCUUAAUCUACAGUGCUACUGUGUUGGGGAACGUUCUCAUUAUGGUCACAGUGACAUUUAGUUCCACCCUUCAUUCUCCCAUGUACUUCCUCCUUGGAAACCUCUCUUUUUUGGACAUGUGUCUCUCCACCGUCACCACGCCCAAGAUGAUCAGAGACUUGCUCAGUGAACACAAGAUCAUCUCCAUAUGGGGCUGCAUGACCCAGAUGUUCUUUAUGCACUUCUUUGGGGGUGCUGAGAUGACUCUUUUGAUAGCCAUGGCCUUUGACAGAUACGUGGCCAUAUGUAAACCCCUGCACUACAGGACAAUCAUGAGCCACAGGCUGCUGAGUGGGUUUAUGAUACUUUCAUGGAUAAUUGGUUUUAUACACACCAUGAGCCAGAUAGUAUUAACAGUAAACUUGCCUUUCUGUGGUCCCAAUGUCAUAGACAAUAUAUUUUGUGACCUUCCCCUUGUGAUUAAGCUUGCUUGUAUGGAAACAUAUAACCUGGAAUUAUUUGUCAUUGCUGAUAGUGGGCUGCUCUCACUCAUCUGUUUCAUCCUUCUGUUUGUCUCCUACACUGUUAUCCUCAUCACCGUACAACAAAGGUCAUCUGGGAGUCUCUCCAAGGCUCUGUCCACCCUGUCUGCACACAUGAUUGUGGUCACUCUGUUCUUCGGACCUUGUAUCUUUAUAUAUGCCUGGCCAUUCAAUAGUUUCGCAGGCAAUAAAGUUCUUGCCGUAUUUUACACUGUUUUCACACCCUUACUAAAUCCUAUUAUUUACACCCUGAGAAAUCAGAAAAUGCAAGAGGCCAUGAGGAAAUUACAGUUCCAAAAUGUUAUCUCCACACAGAACUCCUAG